UCAGAGUAUCUGAAACGAGAGGGAAGGUUACUAUUCAAAAAUAAAGGGGAAAAUCACUAGACAAAGACAAAAACUAACUAACAUAAUUUGCGAGACAUGACACCAUGUCCUUGAGUGGUUUCACUGAGACUGUUCUGGCUUUCUAACUUCCAGGAGACCAUGAUGGACCACCCUUUGAGGACCAUCUCCUACAUUGCUGACAUUGGUAACAUCGUGGUUCUGAUGGCCCGGCGCAGGAUGCCUCGACCCGACUCUCAGGAGAACGUGGAGGCCUCAGAUCCAGGGCAAGAGAGCAAGCGGCAGUACAAGAUGAUAUGCCAUGUGUUUGAGUCCGAGGAUGCCCAGCUGAUCGCCCAGUCCAUUGGGCAGGCCUUCAGUGUGGCUUACCAGGAAUUCUUACGGGCAAAUGGUAUUAACCCGGAGGACCUGAGCCAGAAGGAGUUCAGCGAUCUGCUCAACACUCAGGACAUGUACAAUGAUGACCUCAUCCACUUCUCUAAGUCUGAGAACUGCAAAGACGUGUUCGUAGAGAAAGCAAAGGGGGAGAUUCUGGGUGUGGUCAUUGUGGAGAGUGGGUGGGGCUCCAUCCUGCCCACCGUUAUCAUCGCCAACAUGAUGCAUGCUGGGCCGGCUGAAAGGUCUGGCAAACUGAACAUAGGAGACCAGAUCAUGUCCCUCAAUGGGACCAGUCUGGUGGGACUGCCACUGUCCACCUGCCAGAGCAUCAUCAAG